GUUAUUCUGUGAGCAUAAAUGUUAGACAUAUGUUAGAAACUGAAAACUAUAUAUAGCCGAAAUCAAAUUCUAGUUACGCUUUGUGUAUCUAUUAUCUAUAGUAGUAGUGUUUCAUCAAUGUCAACAGUCCUAGUCUAGGAAUGUCAAUGAAUGUGCUUCAAAUAACUACUCAGUUAAUGUUAUAUUUAAAUCAUCUUGAAAGAAAAGGAAAUUACAAUGUGUAUACCAUCAGAAAAGCUACCUCCUUGUUGGAACGACGAGACUAGGAUGAAUGUUCUCUUUGCCCCGUUUAGAAGUCGCAAUGCUAAUCCACAGGACUGGGAUUCUAAACUUGCUUUCUGGAGAAAUAUGAUAGAAUUAUAUUGUAAAGAAUCAAAGUGUUACAAGUUUACACUGCCUGAUUUACUAAAGGUGUUUAAUAGAAAUGGGAGAAGUCCAGGCUGCUUAGAAGUUGUAAUCAAUGAAAUGUUUAAAUUGAAUGAAAUAAAAUCAGUCAGUGAAUAUCUAGAAGAAACUCCCUCUAAAAGUUGGACAGGAUGGGCAACGCAGGUAUUAGUUAAGAAGCCUAUUAAAUGGACAUUUCAUACAGUAAAAAAUUCAUUUGUUGAAAGAGAUAAAAAUCAAGAAUAUGUUCAUGUGUGUUCGGUAGAUAUUGCUUCAAAAAUUGUUCUUAAAAGUUUGCCUGAAAACUGUAAAGGUAAAGUUAUUGACAUGCAUCAUUUAUUGGAGGUUCUUGAAUGGCCAAUAGAAAAAGCUAAUGGUUUGCAGCUUGUGUUGCAUAAACUAGUAUGCGAAGAAAAAGCUGACAUUAAAGAAGUUGGCUUUAGUGAAGAGCCUGAAAAAGCUCUUACAUUGAAGUUAAUUAAAAUAAAUACAAAAACAGUUAAGCCUAUUUCAGAUGUAGAUGUUAGUAUCCAUAUUUUAGAAGAAAAUGAAAAGAUUUUAACAAAGAAUAUUGAAAAACAAGAAGCUGAAGUAAAUAGAAUAAGAGAACAGGCUAAAAAUUGUCUUAAAACAGGUCAUAGACAGAUGGCUAAAAGUUUGCUAAUAAAAAAAAAAGAACUGGAAAAACAACUAACUAAAAAGUGUAAUGCACUUCAGAAUGUUCAUGUACUUUUAUCUAAGGUUAAAGAUGUCGAAGAUGAUGCAGAAAUUUUGUCUUCAUACAAACUAGCUUUGACAAGUUUACAAAAUACAUUUAAGAAAACUGGCCUUACAGAAGAUGGUGUAGCAGAUACGAUGCUCUCAUUGGGAGAUGUUUUAGACACCCAUGAAGAUAUUCAAGCUUCUUUAUCACAACCAAUUAAAGAAGAAAACUAUUCUGAAUUGGAGGAAGAACUUGCUGAACUCUUAUCAAUGGAUAUGAAAGAAAAAGAACAGACAGAAAAUAAACAGGAUAAAACUCAAAAUGAUAAAGUUGAGAAACCAAUAGACGAUUCUAAAAAGACAGCUGCAUAUGCAUUAGAAACUGUUGAACUAGAAAAAAAAUUUCAAAAUUUGAAAUUGCCUGAAGUGCCCACAAGUGAUUCAAAUCAAAUUAAAAAUAAGUUAUCACUUUAAGAUUAUCUUUUUGUUAUUGUUUGUUCCUUUAUUGUAUAUAACAUUGUUUACAAGUUUUUUUUAUUUACUAUGUUUUUUUACCUUUAAAUAAAUGUUUUAUGAAUUAUAA